GGUCGCCCGGGCCGGAGUCGGAGCGAUGGAGCCGGGGCGGGCGGACCGGCGGGCUGGGGGGCAGCCGGACCCGGGCGUCCUGACGACGGCUCCAUGACGGCGGGGACCCCCGGAGCCGGCGCGGCGCUCAGCCCGCUGCCUCCAGGCUGCCCCCCGGCCCGCGCCCUCCCGCGCCCGCCCCGUCGCCGCCUCGGCAGAGGCCGGGGCCGCCGUCGCCGUCGCCCCGAGGCCCUGGGGGUGCGGGCCAGGCUGCGGCUGCGCUCGCCCUCGGGGGCCUUCGCGGCGCUGGGGGCCCUGGUGGUGGCCGCGGGCCUGGCCAUCGCCGUGGCCGGCUACUGGCCGCACCGGGGCGGGCCGGGGGAGCUGCGGCGGGGGGCGGGGCGGGCCCCCGGGGACCCCCUGGAGCGGCUGCGCCUGGUGGGGCCCGUGGUCAUGGGCGCCGGCCUCUUCGUGCUCAUCUGCGCCAACACCGUGCUGCUCGAGAGCCGAGACUCCGAGACCCGCCGGCUCCGCCGGGCCCUGGCCCUGGCCCUGGCCUCCCCCGACGGCAGCCCGGACGCCGGGGUCCCCGACCGCCUCCCCGUCGGCCCGGGCGUCCCCGACCUCCUCCCCCGGCCCAGGCCCGGCGCCCCCGACGGGAGUGCCGGCUCCUUCUCCGGGACCGCCCGGCCCGGAGCCCCGGGGGGCCGCCUUGGGGACGGAGCCGGGCCCCCCCCGGACCUGGGGGCCGCGUCCCCGGCCGCCUCGUGGCUGAGCCUGAGCCUGAGCUCGGAGCCCGGCAUCCCCCUCCCGGCCGCGCCGGGCCCGCGGCCGCACGGCCAGCCGCUGCGGGGCCCGCACCGGGAGCCCCCCGAGCCCGGGGGCCGGCCGACCCGGGCCCCGCCCCCACCCAAGCCGCCGCUCGGGCCCGCCGGACACUCCAAGUCGUUGGACCUCGCCCGGGACGGAGCCCUGCUCGGACUCGGCCCCGGCCCCGGUCCCGGCCCGGCGGACCUCGGCCCGGCGGCCCCCGCCCCCGACCGCGACCACCGCAGCUGGCCCCGCCUGGAACGGCUCAGCCUACUGGGCUAUGCCAAACUGGGGGGCUGCGGGGAUCCCGGGGCCCGGGUCUGAGAGCGGGGUGGGGAGCGAGGCCCGUUGAGACCUCCGCCCAGGCCCUCCCCCGGGAGGGACCGGCCUGCCUCAGUCUCCGGGGAGGGGCUCCAGGGCCCGGGCCCUCCCACUCCCCACUAAAGCCCCCCCCCCUUCCACCCGGGUGACCCUGAGGUUGGACUGCAGGCCCGCCUAAACCGACCGGGGACUUUUUCACUUGGCCUCAAAUUCGGAUCCUUCACCCUCCUUCCCUCUUGUGGGGAGGACGGGGCCAGGUCUGAAUAAUAGUAAUAACGAUAAUAAUAAAUAAUAAGCAGGCGGCUCCGCCCCCAGGACCCUCCCCCUCUCCGUCUCCACCCGUCUGAACCCAACUGCUCUGGGGCAAGAGGGAGAGGAGGGAUUCCUCGGCCUCUUUUCUGCGCCCCUUGAUUCCGAAGCGGUGGGUGUUUGUGGAAACCAGGGAACAAAGGCCUGAACCGCCCCCUUAGAUCCUCGAAGCUCCGGGCGGGGGGCAGCUCGGCUCGGAGGACCAAAGCAAGUCCGGGCCCCGGCGGACCGGCCGGCUCCGACCCCAACCCCUCUGCGCCGGAUCCGGAACCGUCCGUCGAGCUGGGCCCGCGGGGCUGGAGCGGGAGCUCCGGGUUGCGCGGAGGGAGAGGCGAUUAGCGCUUAGGGCGGAGGCCGACGGAGGGACCGGGCGGGACGGAGAGGUGGGGGGAGGGUGGUGGGCCCCUCUCUCCCAGGAUAGGGGUCGGCCGGCUGCUGGGGAUGGAAGGAAGAGCUCUUGCUUCUUAAAUAAAGUUUUAAAAACUGGA